UUAUGACUCUAUAAAAGCGUUGGUAAUUUUUUACUAUAUACAUUUACGGUGAAUUAUAACUUCACAGAUCUAGGUUAUAUUCCUAUAUUAUGGCGCAAGUAGACAAGUUGGUGCCAAUACCAAGACCGACAGACCUUAGCAUCAAAAGUUGUUUAAAUCAGAAGUAUGAAACGGUCGGCUAUAAUAGCAACUGCCAUGGCUACACUGGCAACACGUCGGAUACGAAGCAGAAUUCGCCAGUGGCCCUCUUGUUUGAUGGUGGAACAUCUGGCGCUACAAAGCUAGAGAAUGCAGCGGCAAGGCUGGUUGUUUUGGACAGUUUAUUCUCCCAGCAAAAUGGGUUAGUGCCAAGUAUAGCGAGCCCUGCAUCGCCAAGUUUCGAUACCUCACCCACGUUAAAGCGGGGAAGAAGAGAAGGACAUUUUAAUUUCAUGACUGGCAUGAAAGACCGCCGUGAGCCGUGUAAAGCUAACUCGCCACCGAAGCCGACAACCCCCGUCACACCAACCGGUAGAGGGCGCGGUUGCAAGAGGAAAGGAGGCUGGAAGUUUCACGAUCUAUCCGAUGAAUGCGACGGGUUGGGAAGGAGGAAACGAGCUUAUUGCAACAACCGACUGGAGAACGAAAUCUUGCAGGUAUACCAGGAUCGAAUCAGCAUCAAGGAAGUCACAAGUUGUGGUGGGAAACAUGGAGAAAGACUCGUUAUUAUUGAACCAACUGUGAUCCAGGACCCGGAUAUAAUUAAACAUAACACGGCCUUGAGACUCGUACUUGAUAAGAAAAAGGGGACUUAUAAAUUGCAGUUGCUGCCUUUCACUAUCGAACAAGGAUCUCUCUCCAACAAACCCCAACUGAUCCACGUUGUGUCCAAGAUGUUGGGAGACAACGGAGAAGUCGUGUGUCCAGGGAUCAACCAGAUGAGGGCGCAAGGAAGAUUAGGAUACCAGGUGGAGGAGAGAAGUCCUACGGAGCAAGCUAUGGAGUCGACGAGAAAGUCAUGGGCAGCUUUAUCAAAGGAUGCGGAGCAGGAUCGUUAUAGAGGAAGAUGGAAGACGAAUAAUACGUUUUCCUGCUCGGAGCAGUCGAGAAGUUGCUCCUCAUCCAUGAGGAGUGAGGAGAGUGGAUGUAACUCCGCUGUUACGCCGACGGAUCGAUUGUUGAUAAGUUUGAACAUGGAGUUGACGAGGAAUAAGCAAACAACGCAUGCGGUGAAUAAACAAUUAACGAACUCAACAAGUUGUAUGUUGUGGCAUAACCCCGCUGUGGCAGGGAAAGGAAAACGCUUGUUAUGGCCAGAGGAAUUUAAAUGGUGUGUAAACUGUAUAAGGAAAACUAACAAUUUUGAAACUGUAAGAAACUCUGAGUUAAUUACUGAGUAAGACUUUCUAUAACAAUCUUAUAUUUCUUGAAUUCUUUGAAAUUUUUAAGUUAUUGAACUGUUUUAUCUACAAUGCUUAUUUCUUAUGCUGUGGUUAUACACAGUUGCGUUUAUUUAUGGUGCAGGGUAUACAAGCCUGCCCUGGAUAUUUAGCGGGGCAGAAACCCCUAGAUUUUCCUAUCCCCAGAAAAAUACAAACUUACAUAAAAGCCAACACGUUUUAUUGCCUGUGACCCCUGUGACCCUGCUAUUUUAGAAAACCAGCGCGACUAGUUGUAUGGAUCUGGUGUUACGAAAUCAAGGCCAACCAAUUGUACAACAGAUAUAUGUACAUCGCGUAACGGCAUCACAAAAAUUAAUCCAACUCUAUGAGCACCAGACCAGAGUUAGAUUCACUACAGUCACUCGUUAUAUUUCACUUUGAUAAAAAUAAAAUACAAAAUCACUU